UACAAAGUUAGCCAAAUUUUGAAACAAAAUAUAGAGAAAAAGUUGAUGAAUCCAGUUAAUAAACAGAUUAUUUUUCAACUCUUGGGCUCUGACUUUGUAAAUAAAUAUUUCUCAAACUAUACCAACAGUCCUGCAAUUUUGGAUAAUAUUAAUUCAGAUGAAAGAAGAAAGAAAGAAUCAGAGAUGAAAACUUAUAUGUCUUCAGUGAUAUAUGAAGCACUGCAAAAAAGUGGCCCUAAAAAUGACACUAAAUUACAGUCUGAUGUCCAAAACUUUUCUCAAGAACUACAAAAUGUGGUUGAGAUUAAUUACAAUGAUCAUUACUCUCAGAUAAAAUCUAAAAAAAGACCAAAAACUGCAUUGCAUGAAAAAUUGAUUUCUACAUUAUUGACGGAAAAUUCAAAUGGAGCAGAACAACUUAUACCAGCAUUGAAAAAGAACCUUGUUGUACUAACUGAUAAUUUAAGGAUGACCUUCUGGCCUGCUUGCAUUUCUUCCAAAGAAAAGUCUAAAAAUAUUAAGUAAUAUUUCCUUAUUUUCACUAAACAACUCUCUUGUUU